GCAUGUGAAAGACGCGUUGCCUGGUCAAUAUCGAUAAUAUAAACAUUUGAAUUCGCAUUAAAUCAGUGUCCCGAUAACUGUUAACAAAAUUUAAAACAGUUUUAUAAUACAGGUCUAAACUGGUUUAAUAGCAUCAUGGCAACUGCGUGUACAGACAAUAAAGGAUCUGAUCAUGUUAUGGAAUACUGUUGUUCCUCUUGCGAAGAAGAUGCGAUUUCUCAGGAAGCGGCUUAUCACUGCAAGAUGUGCUCCAAGUUCUUUUGUUGCCAAUGUGUAAAAUUCCGUGAAAAAUUGUUUAAAAAACAUGAAACGUACGGACGGGACGCACCAGACCAAUGGCCUGUAUCGAAAGUAACACAGGAUGUUCUAGAAAAAUGCAGGGAUCAUAUAGAUGGACACUUGAAAUUUUACUGCGAGGAUCACCGUCUGCUGUGUUGUAAUUCUUGCAUCGUGUUUAAUCAUAGGCAAUGUGCUACUGUUAUCUCUAUUGAUCACUCAUAUGAAGAAGGAAUAGCCGACGACUUGCAACAACUUCAAGAAAAGAUAGAAACCAUUCUUGAACAAUUGAAGCAGCUACAAAACAAUCAAGAAAGCAGCAUGAUAACUUUGCUUGAAUCAUACAAUGAAAGUUUGCAAGAAAUAAAAAAUGCGAGGUCCACAAUCGAUUCCAUUUUAAAUAUUCUUGAAAAGAACACUGUGCAAAAACUGGACGAGGUACUUAACAGUUUAAAUACACCUCUUAAAGAGGACUUUGAAAACACCAAAAGACUCAGUACAAACUUGAAAAACCUCGGUAAAGCAAUUCAAGAAAUGACGACAAGAGGGAAGGAACUAUCAUGCAUAGCUUACAAGAAUUGUAAGGUCAACAUACGUGAAUGUGAAAAAUAUAUACACGAGCAUUCUAAUAUUAAGGAAGUUACAAUUUCGUUUAAAACAAAUAUAUUGAUUGAGAUGUACUUAUCCCAACGAUCAAGCCUUGGCAGGAUUCUUCCUAGUAACCAAGAUGAGGAAAACCAAGAACUCAGUUUUGUAGGAGAGGCUAUGUACCAUGUGAGUAAAACAAAUGAUAGAUUUUGGACUGAAAUCCGAGGAAUGUGUGUCGACGAUGGAUUAGUUUUCAUGACUGAUAAUAACAACAAGAAUGUAAAGUUACUAAAUAGUGACUACUCCUUGUUAUGUCAAUGUGAUUUGGAUUUUUAUCCGUAUGGUAUAUACCAAUAUGGCGAAUAUCAUAAAAUAGCUAUAUCUGGGGAAUAUCGAAUACAGCUUAUUAAAACUUAUAAAAAAAACAGACAAUACAUAAUCGACAAACAUAAAAUAUUUCUAUUUCAUCACUAUUGUUGCGGGAUAGCGAUCCAUAGCGACGACAUGUACAUCACAUCAGGCACAGCGCUGUUUCACUACACUCUGAAUGGUACACCAGUGAAGAAGUUGUAUGAAGCUCCAAGCGUUCAAUAUUGUGCUGUUAACCGAAGUGGUGACAAGAUAUUUGUUACGAACUCUAGCAGCGAGCUACUCUCGCUGUCCAGGGACGGGACUAUACUCUCCAUCUUCACGGAUCGACAAUUACAAAGCCCGACCGCAGUACAUGUAACAGGAAAAGGACAAGUGUUGGUAUGUGGACGAAACACUAUUAUGCAGGUGGACAGCGAAGGGAAGAAAAAGAUUACUGCUCUAGCAAUGCCAAAUGUUAAUAAUCCAUUGUCAAUGUGCAGUUUAGGCAAGUGUGUCAUUGUAGGAUCGAAUAAAAUUCUUGAACUGAAUAUAGAGUAAUGUAAGUGUAUGCAUGUCACGCGUUGAGUAUGAUUUUGUGCAUGGCAACUGUCCGAAAAGGAAAUAACUUUUGUAAAUAAAGUGUUAAUUUUCUCACAAUGCACUGAUACUAUGAAGACAAAUAAAAUCAUUAUUUAUAAUUGUGCCUUUAAGUUUCUCGCAUAACACUUGCCAGGUAAAUCGUCGCUGGCGGUACGGUAAUGAAUUUUAAAAUACCGAUUGAGUUUGUACGCUUAUAAUAACCAGACAUGAUUCGGAAUGCAAAUAUGUAUUUCUUUGUAGGGUGUGCUGUUAUUUUCUUUUUACGAAAAAUUAUUCUGAACUACGCUUACAACAUUGAUGUAUGUUUUCACUUUGCUGUUCUCAAAUUCAUUGACGAUUGGAAAGUACAUUAUUUUUUUUAUUUUUUAUUAAUAUUCCAUGAUUGUACUGUGUAUAAUUCCAGAAAAUGUUUUGGCAAUUAAUUUGUUCAUGAUGUUUUCCACUCGAAAGACCUUUUGUAAAGUACUGCAUGUUAUAUCAUGUAUGUAAAUCAUGUAUGUACGAUGUGAAUUUAAAUUUAGUUUUACGGAUCAUUUUAAUCUCCUGCAACGAUAUCUAUUCAUACGACACAUGAACACUAACUCCGAUCCUAAUAAAAAGACGAAUGUUUCGGUUAUUGAAGGAAAAUGUGUACGAAAUAUCUUCGUCACAACGGCUCGGGGCGUUAAUUUGUCUUUGCGGCAUUUUAUUAAAUUCAUCUUUAAUGUAUAAUUUUUCUUGCCUAUUUUGUGUAAUUGUAACAUAUUUUUGAUCAAUAUAUUACAACUUAACACAUAUAAAAAUCAUGCAUACCCACUUUAAUGUGAAUAAUGUUUUCAAUUUGAUGCUAUCUACUUCAUUUACGAUCACUAAUAGCAUUAAUGUGUUGUUGUUUUUUGUUUUUAAUAUUUCAUAACCCUUUUGUGUGUAAUCAAGAUAAUGUAUAUCAAUAAAAUCGUUCAUGAUGUGUUCCACCCUAAAGACCUAUUGUAAAGUACUGCAUUUUUAUCUGUGUUUUUAAGUACAUAACAUUUGUAAAUAAAUCGCCUGCCUCUUAA